UGCGCGGGGCGGGCUCAGCGCUGCCAGGGCCGCGCGUUCUCCGGCCGGGGCGCUGACGGCCGCCUCCGCCGCGCCGUUACUCAGCACAGCCGGCGUCCGCACGCCCCGCCGACCCGGGGUGUCCUGUCCGCACACCCUGUCUCCCGGCGGUCGGGAGAGCGCGGGGCCGCCGAGCGGAGCGCCAGGUGCAGCUCCAAACAGUGCCUUUGAGUCACUGCUGUGGACUUCGGAACCUUUCUCAGAUGCAGACACCUGAGGAGUUAAUUUAGUUCCCGCCAGCCUGGUUAAAUGCAUUCCUUCAGCUUCUGCUCUUGAGGUGACGCUGGCCUCAACAUUGCUCUCAGACUAGAAGAUGAAUAAUCUUUCCUUUAGCGAGCUGUGUUGCCUGUUCUGUUGUCCACCAUGCCCAGGGAAAAUUGCCUCCAAGCUGGCAUUCUUACCUCCUGAUCCCACAUACACACUGAUGUGUGAUGAGAGUGGUAGUCGCUGGACUUUACAUCUGUCAGAGCGAGCAGACUGGCAAUACUCUUCUAGAGAAAAAGAUGCCAUUGAGUGCUUCAUGACUAGAACAUGYAAAGGCAACAGGAUUGCCUGCAUGUUCGUGCGUUGCUCACCRAACGCCAAGUACACUUUGCUCUUCUCACAUGGAAAUGCUGUUGACCUGGGUCAGAUGAGCAGCUUUUAUAUAGGACUGGGUUCACGGAUUAAUUGCAACAUAUUCUCGUAUGAUUAUUCCGGAUAUGGUGCAAGUUCUGGAAAGCCAACAGAAAAGAAUCUGUAUGCCGACAUUGAUGCUGCUUGGGUGGCUCUUAGAACGAGGUAUGGAAUCCGCCCUGAAAAUGUGAUUAUAUAUGGCCAGAGUAUAGGAACUGUACCAUCUGUGGAUCUUGCUGCUAGGUAUGAAAGUGCUGCUGUAAUUCUUCAUUCUCCACUGACCUCAGGAAUGCGAGUAGCUUUUCCUGAUACGAAGAAGACGUACUGCUUUGAUGCAUUCCCAAACAUUGAUAAAAUUUCUAAAAUAACAUCUCCUGUUUUAAUAAUCCAUGGAACUGAAGAUGAAGUAAUUGACUUUUCACAUGGCCUAGCAUUAUUUGAGCGUUGCCAGAGACCUGUAGAACCACUGUGGGUAGAAGGAGCGGGCCAUAAUGAUGUGGAACUCUAUGGACAAUACCUUGAAAGAUUAAAAAAGUUUGUGUCACAGGAACUGGUGAACUUGUAACUUCCGUUGUUUAUUUACAUGUUUUUUUCAUUUCACUGCAGAACUGCACACCUUGAUAAAUAUGUAACUUAAAACCUGAAUGUUGUGUUCUCAAAUCAUUUUGGUUGCCUUCAUUAAAUACACAGGUAAUGAUUUGUCAACAUAAUUAAUGAAGGUUUUAAUGCCAGCAUUAUGAACUGGGAUUACAUGACCAUACAGUCAGACUUGGCAGUCCAUAUUUCUUUGUGUGAGAUUUUUUCUUCUGAGAUCUGAAGAAAAAAAAUCACAAGAAGUACUGUAAGAAAAUUUAAUUACAUAAAACCAAAUGCUGUAAGUGUUGCCAAGUGCUUUAGCAUAUCAAAAACAAGUUUAUAAAUAUUUUUUAAACAUCUCAAAGUGUACUGUGACUUACUUUGUUGCACAGGUGUAACUAAAGAACAGAAUUCUAAGGAGUUGUUCUGUAAAAAUGUAAUAGCCAUUAAUUUUGAGCAAAUACUAAUGUAUGUAAUAGAAUAAACAGUCACUGGAAAUUACCUAUGCUGUGUUAUAGGAAGAUGGGGAUAAAAUAGAUACCUUUUACCAUAUUUUUCAUUUCUUUUGUGCUUAGUUUUAUUUUAGUUGUUUUUUACUCAUGUUGUCCCUUAGCUUUCAGAAUAAUAAAAUGUACCCACUUGUGUUCUCAGGAGUCCUAAUCUUGCCAAAAUAACACCACAAGUUAUCAUUGUUGUAAUGCAGGUAUCAUUCACAUCAUUGCUACUGAGGCCACAAUAUACCUCUUUGAAACCAGUAAGACUUUUAAAACCUAGAAGACUUCUUGAACCAUGUAGUUUUAAACACUGAUUGUCUAGAGACACACUAUGUCAUUAAGAAGAACUUUGAAGUUUAUCCAAUCCUGUAAUAAACAGUUUGCAAGUUUGCAGUUGUCUGAUCAUGUUUAGUUUUGGAUGUUUAGUGUAAAAACCUACUGUUUCUUGAGUAUUGUAUGGAAAUUUUACUAAUCAGGCCUGGGUGGGGUGGGAGGAGUGGCAGGAAGAGAAUAUUGACAUUUUUCUGUUAACUCAAAGUCAAAUAAACAUUCCCUUGAAAA